AUGGGGAUAGAUGAAAGUGAUGAUGAUUUGAUGCAUCCGGAGGAAAGAGCUACUCCAAGAAUAUCAUCUCAAACAAAUAUACUUCAACGUCUCUGCGCCGUUUGUCCGUCAAAAAUUCUAACCGAGAAAUUUGAAGCAAUCAGGAUGCUUCUGAGGCAGUCGUUUGACGCGGAGAGUCUUGAUGAUAUAUCGCUUUCUGUAAGUCUGAAAAGCUUUAACUCAACCAGAAACGAUCAAACAGUGGACGUUAACGGCGAGUUCAGUGCUCGGUCAAACCCAGACACCCUUUUCGGAGCAUUUCCGAUGGUAUUUCCGCAACGAGUUGAGCAACGAAUGGCCGAAAUACUGAUUGGUGACUUCACACUCAAUUCUCUCUUGUACCAUAUUCACCAGAAGCAGAAGCUGUCGCUGAAAAUUCGGCCGCAUACGAUCCGAAACGGCAAGCAGUUCUUACGAACAACCUGUGUGCAGGAUGACGGCUUCCAUAGGAAGGUACCAAGUUCAGCAUCUAACUUUGGAACCUCUUCAGAGAAACACAUUAUCUUAGAUUUCUUUCAAAUGGAUAACGUUGAUCGUCCAUUCGCCGAAGAUAAAUUCACCGAUAAUGGUGAUUGCAUUGGUUUACUGAUGCCUAAAGUUGGCCAUAAUCACCCGAAUAAAUACUUGAAUGUUCACAUGCAUAGCGCUCGUGCACCAUCUGUGAUCUUCAAAAGGUCAGGUGAGAACCAUCAUUCAAGAGAACAUUGGAUCUGGAACGUCGUUGUCGACAUUAUUUUAGCCGUGGAUUUCUUUAUUGAUGAUUCGGAAACAUUCAUUGGAUCGUUGAAAAUCACCACACUGACUAAACUUGUGUUUUCGAUCAGGCAGAGCAAUCUUUUCGGGAAAGCAUUCCUGAAUGUUCUCGAGCUGAACGAUACCGACAACAGUUUAGGUAUUCCGGAAGAAAAUCUUAACAAUUUAAGGAAAUUUGGGAAGCGAAUGGUACUAAAGCCUGUGAGCGAUCAUUCCCCAGUUUAUGCUCCUGAUAAUCUAAUGGUGUUGCAGGCGUUGAACGAGCAACUAAGCCAGGGCAUCCCAAUGAAGCUGCCACAAGUUGGACUUCCCAUUGAACUGAUACAGCCGCAAAUUGAUUUCUUAGAUCAUGCGUUGCAUAUUUCAACUGAUUUUAUCAUUUCAACUGAUGUUCUGAAAAGUUUAUAG